AUGCUGGGGCCCGAGAAUGAUGGUGCGUUGGUGCGACCGCGCGCGGUCGCGGCUGCGGGCGCCGCUGCCGGCGGCAAGAAGCGGCCGCAGCCCGAGGAGGAGGGGGAGGAGGGCGAGGAGCUGUUGAGAGGCGCCGGGGCCGCGGCGGCGGGUGGGGAGGGUGGCGAGGAGGGCGAGGAGGAGGACGAGGAGGAGGAGGAGGGCGGGGAGACGCUGGGCGACCGGGUCGCGGCGCUCGAGCGGCAGCAGGCCGGCGCCGGCGCCAGCACCGCGGACGCCGACGCCGACGCGGCGGCCGCCGCGGGGGCGGCGCUGCUGGACGGCCCUGUCAAGGCGGACUCCCUGGCGGUGCUGCUGCAGCAGGCGCUGCGCAGCGGGGACCGCGGCCUGCUGGAGCGGUGCUUGGGGCUGUCGGACGCGCGCGUCGUGCGCAACAGCGUGCGGCGGCUGCUGCCCAUGGACGCUGCGGCGCUGCUGCGCGCGUGCGUGGAGCGGCUGCAGUCGCGGCCGGUGCGGGGGCAGCAGCUGGCGGGGUGGAUACGCGCGGUGCUGCUGCACCACACGGCCUACCUCAUGGCGGCGCCGGGGGUGCAGCCGGUGCUCACCUCGCUCUACCAGACCAUCGAGGCGCGCCUGGCGAUGCAGCGCACGCUGCUGUCGCUCUCGGGGCGCCUCGACCUGCUGCUCGCGCAGUCCGCGCCCGGCGGCGGCGGUGGCGAUGACGACGACGGCGCGCCCGCCGGCGCCGCCGCGCCGCGCGUGGUCUACGAGGAGAGCGGCAGCGAGGACGGCGGCGCGGAGGUCGAGGUUGAGGACGCGUUUGCGCCUCGCGGUCUGGGCAGCGACGAGGACGAGGAUAGCGACGAGGGUGAUCUGGACGAGGACGAAGAGGACGACGAGGAUAGCGACGAUGACGAGCAGGGGGGCGAGGGCAUGGAGGAGGAUGAAGACGAGGACGAGUGA